UUAUGGGUCACUUGUAUUUAUAAUUUUUAUGUUUUUUUUGCCUCAGUAAAUUUUAUACCGCACGCUUUGAUAGUUAUUAAUUAUGUAUCGACAUUGUAAUUAGGUCUCAAUUCAAUGCGGUUGAAUGAUGUUCUCAGUAGCGCCCCCCUGCGUCAAAUAUUGAGAAGGGUCCAACUACAGCUCCACCUCCUUAGGCCCCUUAGUUGGCCAAUGGGGGUUGAGCAUGACCUCCCAGUUUUGUGAGCCAAUGGGGUAGCAAUUAAAUGAAGACGGGGGGUGGUUAAAUCCGGUAGUAUCGCGGGACUCAAAAUGCGGAAGUCAAGAAAAAGGAAUUCCAAAGACACAAUUAUUUUAGUUACUCUAACUUCAUACUGAGCUGAGGCAUGUAUUUCAGUAUUUAUAGUUCAAUAGAGUGACAUGUUGGUAUCAAUGGAUGAAACUGCUUUAGCCAUGGAGGAUUUUAAGAUAGAAAAAUCAACGGUGUCAUGUGACCGGUGUGACAUGAGUUGCUGUGGAAACACGAGCCGCUUGGAAUUCUAGUUACUAGUCCAUCUCAACUCAUCCAAACCAUAAUGUACUAACUCAUAUUAAUAUUGGACACUCUUUCCUGUCUCAUAAUGUACCAAGAUAGUACAACGAUGCCUUUUCUACGGAUCAGAUGAGUCCUUUGUCAGGUCUAGAAUUAGAUGAGCCUUAUUCAGUAACAAGUGUCCCAUGAGAGAUGAUGCUGCAGGAUGGCUCAACGCAGAUCCUCUGCCUAACUGCAAACAGUGGCGUUCCUCUGUUCACCAGGGGGGCCUCAAAACAGCUCCCCUUCUCCGUCAUCGGCUCCCUGAACGGAGUCCACAUGUUUGGAGAUGGCCAGGGCGUUGUGUUGUCCAGCUGUCAGACUGACUGUGGCGGUAGAGUUGUAUGGCGCGUCUUCCACGAUAGCGUCAUGCUCAUUGCUGUCAACGGGGGACAACGGUCAUCGGGGGUCAUUCAAGGCCAUGUCAAAGGGGAAGAGCUGUUCUUGGAGCGGCUGCUGGAGAACGUGUGGAACUGCAUGGUGCUGGUGCUGGGAAGGGACGAGCUUACCAACACGAGGAAUGUGGAGCGGCUGAAGAAGGACCUCCGCUCCUGCUUCGGCCUCAUCGACCAGCUGCUGGAGGACAGGCACCAGGGCAUCAUGGGAAACCUGACGCACUGCGCCGACUGCCUCCUGCCCCCCAACCCCGCGCUGGUCCAGGAGGCGGUGAACGGCUUCACCCAGUCUGUGGACAGUGAGUUUGGCUGCCUGGUGGUCCACGGCCGCGUGGCGGCGGCUACGGAGAACUGGUGGCGCCUGGCACCGCAGGAAGUGAUCCUGCUCUCCGCUCUGAUGCGCAUGCUCUCUUCCUCUGGCUCGGCCUCUUGCGACUACCCGGUGUUCCUUCCCCAGGGCAGCCCCACGGUGGCCCACCGGCUCCUCCGCUUCCAGCUGCUCCCAGGGGCCGACGUGUGCGUGCUGUGCGGCCCCACCCCGUCCCUGCAAAAGGCCCAGUGCGACCUGGUGAGGCAGUUCUGGUCCCCGUUGGUGGAGACGCUGAGGGAUUGCCUGGCCGUCGGAGAGCGCUGCCUGCCCAGCACCGUGUCCCUCAGCGUCCCCGACGUGCUGGCCCUGCUGGUCCUGAACCGGGAGGCCCGGCGCUCCGUCUCCUGCGUGCGGGCCAGUGCCGACCGCAGCCCCACCCUGCCCUCCAAAGCCCGCUGCUGGGAGCUGCUCAGGCUCUUCUACAUCUUUGCUGCCACGCGCUACUUCAGCCAGGAGGAGGCGCCAGUUCCCGGCGCUCCGGCAGAGGACAAGGCCCACAGGAGAAGCAGCGCUUCUGGGGACUUUGUGGCUGGAUUUCCCCACCAGCCCAUGCAGUGCUAUCUGGUCACCGAGGAGUGCAAGUGCUACGGCCUGCAGACCCAGCAGCAUCAGCUGUUCCUGCUCACCCCGCUCUCGGUGCCCACCUUCGCCCUGAGGAACGUUGCCACGCAGACCCUCUUGGCUGUCACAGCAGACACUGGGUUUUAAAGAAACAUUUCUUACUGAACAUGUUCAAUGUGUUUCAGGCACAGGCUUUGCUUCUGGCUAUCUGUUUUUUUAACGGGGACUCACCUGUCCAUAGUAUUUAUUUGAAAUAUGAAUUUGGUUUACUGGGAGUUAUGCUGUGUCACUACAUACUGGGGAUCAGUACAGGAUCAACAGUGUCUCAAAUUCAGUUGCCACACCAAAGGGAGGUAACUUGUGAUGUGACUUAGCAACUAUUGCAAAUAGCCCUUCCUGCUAUCAGUUAGCUUACUCUGUGACAGUGUAAGCUUAGCUUUGUGAUUGAACCUAUGCUUGAAUUAUUCACUGUGAGAGACUGAGACCAACUGAGAACUAUAACCCGAGGGCAAUGUCUGACCGUUCUUACUUUUUAUCUAUCCUGUAGUUUCUGUCCCUGUUCAUGUUGCCUUCAACCCUAUGAUUGCUUCAUUUGAAAUAUCUAAUGAUUGUCUAAUACUGGCAUUGAUUAUUCUUUGUAUUCUUGCCAAUUGAGUGAUUGCAUUAACAAUUAUGUGUUGUUUGUGCCUGGAUAUCAAUGUAUAUUCAAACAGAUCAGAUUAUUAAAUGGAAUGAGAUGAAAAUGACCCUAAUCGAAUCACAGUGACUAAUGUGAUGAGCUCCAUUAUGCUAUAGCCCACUGAAGAAUAUAUGUUUAAUUGGAUUACUGUGAAUAAUAAUAUUUAAGUGGAUGUGGUUGGAUGUUCAAAUGUGGCAACAUUUGGCACUGUUACUUGUUAUGUGUUCAUGAGCGUUGGUAGAGAAGUGAUAUCUUGCCAUAGCACAGGGUGUUCAAGCCCUCAGAUUUAAUCAAAGUUUGUCCUGGCCUCGAUGGUCUAAGCUGUUGCCAACCCAUGAUAGAACCCUGUCCCUUGUGUGUGGAUGUUAAAUGUGUGUGGGGGAAAGUAUUUUUAAACUUUUAAGUAACUCCUGACUGACAGAAUGGCUGGAUUGACAGCAGCUAUACAGAGAGCUGACCUUGUUCCUCCACCUGACAUUUGCCCUAUAAUAGUCUACAAUAUGCCAUCCAAACUCAAAACAGAAUGCAAAGCAUGGGCUUCAGCCUUGCAGAGACAACUGGCUGGUAUCUACUUCUGGUUUCCAGUGGUUCAACUUCCUGUGAUAUUGUGGAACUCUCCAGUUAGAAUUAUAUCUCAAAUGCAUAUGAAGACUAGACAGACAGUUCCUCACAGAUAUAACAUUAAAAACUAUAAGCGGAAAGAAAAAACAUUCUCAAAAUGUAGAUAAAA